UGCUGAUAAAUAUUUCGCAAUUAGUAUUCGUUUCUUAUAUUUUAUUUGUUGCGUCAACUGUCAACAUAUUUUUUCAUUCCCUUCGUGUUUACUUAACCUUUUAUUCACUUACUUGUUUCAGUUUCUGGGCGAGAAAAAUUAAAGUGUUGAAUAAUAAAUAAUAGUUUAUUUUAAUUAUGAAAAAUAUCGAACCAUUAAAGGUUGUGUUUUAAACUACGGGUUGUAGAAAUUGCUCUGACAAGGUUAUGAGGACGAUUUGAUUGAAAAUUAUUUAGAAGAGUAAAGUGACGGCUCGACAACCAGUCAUGAAGCUUUUUUUAUUGUUUAUCAGUGCAUUCUACAUUUUUCACUUGUUCGACAGUGCCUCCAGUGAUACUUUUAUGGAAGAGGAAAAAGAGGUUGUUGAUCCAAACUCGUUGUUCUACAGCCGUCAGAAGAAAAAAGUGGUCAUACCUGAAAGGUAUGAGUCCAGUAAUGAACUAGAAAUAAGAUAUGAAAGCAAUGAAUAUUAUACCUACUGUAACGAUAGAUCUUAUGAAGUCUUUGCAAGACGUCUCAUUAAUAUACUACUUAAAAAUGCUAGAUUAAAGGUACAUGAUGACAAUGUCACUGGAAGUGUCAACAUUGAAGCAAAUUUACAACAGUUGGAAAUAUUAAAGGGCUUUGGAGAAGGAAAGAUUUCCAUAAGACAACUUGAUAGUAUUAUAGGUGAUGUUAUAAGGCAACCUCCAGUUGAUUUGUUGAACGAGUUCUUUAGUUACACUGAUAUGUUAUGUUUCUAUCUCUACGAACGUAGAAAAACAUUUGUAUCCCUACUUGUUUCUAUGAUUAUCAUUCCAAUCAUAGUAAAAGGAACUAGGACUAAGUUAGGGAUUAUUACUUUGCUGUUUUCAGUUAUAACUAUAAUAAGUUUUGUUAUGACUUGGAUGCAGCUCUUACAGGAUGCUGAAAUAAAACUAGCAGCUCAGAGACAUAUGUAUUACAAGAUGCCUGACGAAUGUGCAACCCAAGAUAUUGGCUUCAUAGCAUCAUUCAAGUUGUUCUGGGGCAUUGGUAAAGGUGACUGCUUGAAGUAUUAUGAAGCAAUCAUGAAUGAUCCUAUGUUGGAAGUCACACCAGUACAUGCCUUCAUUCACAUGUGUUGCAAAUCGAUUUCCUAUCCACUAUUGCUUUUCGGCAAAGAGUUUUCCCACUUUACUGAUGCCAUUUCUGAUUCUUUACCUUGGUGGAUACAACCUAUAGCAAAACCCUUGAUAUUCUCUCUGACACUUUUACUUGUAUAUAGCUUAACAUUUAUCCUUGUUGGAGGAAAAUUCGGAGUUAGAAUAGGGCCGUUGUUCCAUUUUUACAUUCACGGAAGAGAAUGGGGGCAAUCGUCAAUUGACUACAACACCAGCAUUCGGCAGCCCAUCGAAAUUUUGCAAUCAGAAACUAGAGAAAUAGAAAAUAUUACACAGACUCAGGUUCAAACGAAUCGUGGGUCAAUGGAAACUUGUGAAGUAAUGAGUGUAACACAAGUUCAAACUCAAACAGUCUCAAAUGUGCCAGUGAAAAAGGAAUCUCCAAAAACGGAAGAAGAAUCAACUCAAAUCAAAGAAAUCGAGCAUGUAGAAUUGGAGUCUCAGGAGGGAAGCAGCGGCAGCAAUAGCGAUGAAUUCUUAGACGAUAACGAGUACGAGAAAAUAUCGAAGAAACUAGUCGAGAGUGAAAUGAACAGGACCAGAAUUGAAGUUCUCGAGGGUGAAAGUGCGCCAAAGGAACAAAUACAAAAAGACAAGAGUAGAACGCCGAUGAAAAAAUCGUUAAAAAUCGGCAGCGGCGACAGUUAUUUCUAAGCUUUAUAAGAAAUUUAUCAAAAAAAAGGAUGAAUUUUUACGGUAUUUUUAUAAUUAAGGAAACCGACGUUUUCACGGCAUCCACGUAUCAUAUAUUUUCAGUAAAAUUUUUUUACAAAUCCGCCAGAAAAAAGUGUACUUUACGAAACUUUUUCGCUAAAUCGAUUUUUAUCUCACUUCCGUACUUAUGGACAA